AUGGCGUUGGCGAGCUGUACAGACAAAGAUAGGUGCAUUCUGCGUUUGGAAGUGGGACACGAGUCUUGGAUGCUUAGCUCCCCGACUCCCUCCUGUUCGCACCCGUUGACCCACCGAUGGAAGGUGUACGUCAGAGGCAUAAAUGACUUUGUUCUUGAUGAAAGUCUCAUUGAAAAGGUCGUCUUUCAGUUGCACGAAGACUUCGAGUCGGCUCGCAGAGUGGUGACCUCUCCUCCUUACGAAGUAUCAGAAACAGGUUAUGCCGGAUUCAGUAUACCGAUUUAUUUGUCGUUCGUGAAUUACAAAAGAGAAUUCUGCCUUGAAUACGAUAUGAACCUGAGAUACGUGUCCCAAGAUAAGACAAAAGUGAUAAAGACUUUGGAGUUCAGAGACCCUAAGCCGGAUCUGCGAGCCAAGUUGAUUAACGCUGGGGCAGAGGUCAUCAUUGCACGACCGAAACCAUCGCUUCCCACUUCUACAAGUUUUCAGGAGUUGUUCGGUGAAACUUUACACGUUGUCCCUACGGAAAAAAUGAAGUGCUCUAAGAAUCAUCUGCCGCGUAAAGAAAAAUGUAGCACGUCAGCGAAUUCGGUCAGGACUGGAGAUGCUUAUAAAGAAUCCAGUAUUUUAAAGGAAAAAAAGUCAUCCCUUUCAAGUGGUAAGUCUUCUCAUUCCGGUGCAGGCUCGAAGACGAAAAGUUCCAAAACAAGGGAAGACUCUCAUAGCUCCCAUUCUCACGGCGAUAAGAAAAAGACACAAUUUACUCACUAUUUGCAUUCAAAUCCGAAGUUGGUUUCGCCAUCACCCACCACUAAUCACCAAAGCAGCGACGGUGUCGUUGCUGAAUGUUCGAAGGCUAGCACUUCCAACAGCAGUUCGAAGACCAACAGUUCUGUUGGCAGCAGUUCAUCUAACCGGAGUUGUUUGCAAGAAAGUUUUUCAAACUGUUCAAAGGCUGCGGAGCGCAAUGCUUCAAAGGAUUGCUCGAAGGUAGUGAAUCAUAACCGCACACAAGAGGAAAUCGGCGCCGACAAAAACAAGUUGAAAGUCAACAAGAGCAAGCGAAAACCGAAGGAAGUCGUUUCCGGUGAUUCGCCCGUGCACGUACGACAGAAGCGAAGGAGUGACAGCGGCUUGGAAAGCGACCUGAGUUCGGCUGCUAACGUGCAGGAUUGCUCUCCAUUUCCUUGCUCUGCAAACUGCGUUUUUUCGCCAUGUUCUACGCAUUCUCAGGACCGUAAUUCCCACGUCUCCCCCACUGCAUCGGAUUCUAGUCACGGCAGCAGCAGUUGCAACGGCACUGAAAAUGACAGCAGUAUACGCUUUCCUUGUACAAAUAAUAUCACUCCUUCCCCCAAGCGCAUAAAAAGUUGUGAUGAUUCGCAAAAAUAUCGCAAUGUCGAACUGCUAACCGAUUUACAGCACAAAAUCAUGACUGAAACAGACAGAUCUGUUGUGCAGCAAAUUGCGGAUUUGAUUUCACAUCAAUCAGGCUUUGAAAUUCACGAGCCGUUCCUUGAAUUCGACCUUUGCUGUUUGAAUGGUGAAGUAAUUGAACAGUUACUACUCUGUUUUGAAAAAAGUUGA